AUGGAGUACCAGGGGCAGCACGGGCACGAAACCAACAAGGUGGAGGAGUACGGCAAGCCGGUGGCCGGGCACGGCGGCGUCACCGGAGGCCCCACCGGAACACACGGUGCUGCGGCCGGUGCCGCUGGCGGGCAGCUCCAGCCGAUGAAAGACGACCACAAGACCGACGGCGUCCUGCGCCGCUCCGGCAGCUCCAGCUCUAGCUCGUCCGAGGACGAUGGAGUGGGCGGGAGGAGGAAGAAGGGGAUGAAGGAGAAGAUCAAGGAGAAGCUCCCCGGAGGCGGCCACAAAGACACCGCCGAGCAGCAGCAGCAGACGGCUGUGGCCGGGGAGUACGCCGGUACGCACGGCGCCGAGGCCACCGGAGAGAAGAAGGGCGUCAUGGAGAAGAUCAAGGAGAAGCUCCCCGGCGGCGGGACGCACUGA